AUGAAUAGUCCAUUAACAGCAGCAUCAGAUACGGCAGCUAUUGAGUUGUUGAAGCGAGCUGAUCAACUGGAUGGAGAAAAACGUUAUGCUGAGGCAUUAAAUUGUUAUACCGAAGGCGUGAGGAUGUUAUUAUCAGUAGUUAAAACAUUUACCUCAAACGAUGAUCGAAAACGGAUGGCUUAUAGAGAAAGAAUUACAUCUUAUCUUGAACGAGCUGAACAAUUAAAAAAAUUGAUUAAAGAACAAGAAGGUUCGUGUGUUUAUUCAACGGGUGAUUGUAUUGCUGAUGCCAUUUCUAGUAUAACAUGUUUGACAGAUGGUGUUACAUGUAUAGUAUUUGCUAGUAAAAAGAACUUACCAACAUGCGAAAAUAAAUUAAGUAAUUAUUUACAUAUUGAAUACCAAUGUGUACCUAUCAUUAUGCAAGAUACAUCGAAAGUCUAUGACGUUUGUCAGACUGGAGAUAUUACUAGUGAUCAUGGUAUCAUUACUAGUCCAGGUUAUCCGACACAAUUUCAAACAACAACAAAUGAAUGUUUACGAGCCAUACACGUACCGGAUAAUAAAUUAAUUCAAUUAUGGUUAACUGAUUUGUACAUUGGUUCAUCACCAUCACAAAAUUGUCAGAAAGAUCAUGUGUUAGUAGUUGAUAGUGUAGCUAACCAUCGACAUUGCAGUAUGAAACGUUUUACUUAUCCAACAUUAUGUUCUACAACGAUUUUUAUACAAUAUUAUGCAACAACAACAUCAACCAGUUAUCGCGGCAUGAGAUUAUAUUUUGAAAUUAUCGAUAGACCAUCAAAUAUCAAUUGUCCUCAAGUAACUGUGACACCCGCACCGUUAUCAACAACACCAAUGACAAUACCGUUUUCAACAACGCCACAUAUGACAACAACAGCGCCUAUCUAUGCCCAAUUAGGUAUUGCAUCGCCAAAAAUUGAUGUACAGUUAUGUAAAGGUCAAUUUAAAAUUAUUUCUUGUCCAACAAAUUAUCUUAUAGCCAUUCAUACUAUAUUGUAUGCUGUUGUACCGUCAAAUGAAUGUGAAGCCUUUAACUCGGCUACACAUUGUUCCAUAACAGCCGAAUCCACUUUGUCUUGUGGAAAAUCGUGUACAGUCAGUUAUUAUGGUAACAAAAUCAUUCCUACUUGUUCCAAUCAAGAAGCAACAUAUCAGUUGGUAUCCUAUCAGUGUAUACCUGACAACGCGCCAUUAUUAACAGAUAAUCAGUUAUGUACAAAUGGUCCAAUUUCUAUUAACAUCUCGAAAAACGGAGAAUUUCAAUCGAACAAUUAUCCGUUUCCAACUGAAGAUGAAAAUUGUACAUAUCAUUUAAAAACGGACGUUGGUAAAAUAAUACAUAUUUAUUCGUUAGAUGUAAGUCUCAGUGACCUUAAUCUAGAUUGUAAAAAAAAUCAUUUGACAAUAAUUGAUGGUGAUGAUCAGGAGGUAUUCUGUGAUGUAUUUUAUAGCGAAUUGAUUUAUUCAAGUUGUUCAAAUGAAGUUGCUAUUAGUUAUUAUAUCAUUGAUAUUAAUCCAGUAUUACAUUAUGGUGUACAAUUGUACAUUGAAACAGAACAACGGCCAGCCGAUCAUUGUGGCAAGACAGAUCCACCGCCCACAAAACCCACAGAUGUCACAUAUAUAACUCCUACAAUACCAACAAUAUCUCCUACACAAUUUCUUGGCGCAUUAAGUGAAACAGAUGCUGUUAUUUGUUUUGGUGAUAAACCAACAUUCACAUGUCCAUUUGGUUAUACAUUUAUUAUUAUUGAUGCAUUUUUUGGUGUUAAAAAAUCACCAACAGACGCAUGUCAGUUUCAACAGGGCGAUUGUAUACAAGAUGCCUCAAGUACAAUAACAACAUGUCAACAUGAUGAUCCUAUCUGUUAUUUACCAUUUACCGUAAAGCGAAAAUUAGCACAUUGUCAAGAUUUAUACGCCGAUUAUAUGCAUGUUAUUUAUCAAUGCAUACCAAAUAAAGGUUUAACACCAGAUUUAGUUACAUACGAUAUAUGCGCAUCAUCAGACAUAAUUACCGGAUUCAAUGGUCUGUUAGUAAGUCCUGGUUUUCCGAAAUAUCAAACAGUCACCCCUGAAUGCAAACGUGUAAUUAUACCAAUGAGAGAGAAAGCAUUAAAAAUUUGGAUCAAUGAAAUGGCAAUAUCAAGCGGUAAUUUUAGAACGACUAAUAAUGAUGAAUCUCAAUCACUGGCUAAAUCAGCUGAUUUGAUUAUACAUCGAUCGCCCUCGUCAUUGUUUAUCAAUGCAGAAGAUCAUAUACGCUACGGUUUACGUGAUGUUUGUCCAACAGAUUAUUUAAUUAUAAACAAUGCAAAUGAUAUUUCAUAUAUGUAUUGUGGAACAAGAAAACUAGUAUUACAAACCUUAUGUGCCACGGAAAUUUACAUUCAGUAUUACGCACCAUCAGUUGGCAAUUCCUUUUAUAAAGGUUUUAAACUAUAUUUUGAAGAAGUUGAUAAGGCACUGGAUAUUUUUUGUCAUGCUGGUCAUUCAUUAUUUCCAAAUUUAUCAACGACAACUGAAGAUCCAUCUGUGUUACCACCAUGGGCUGUAGAUUCCCAAUUAUCACCAAUAUUACCAGUAUUCUUAUGUCGCGGUUCAAUAGGAAAAAUGUCUUGCCCAUCAAACUAUGUUGUAUCGAUUUAUCAUUCAUAUUAUGGUGUAACAGGUACCGGGCAAUGUGAAGCACCCGAUAAUAGUCAUUGCCAACAGGAAGCCGGCUUAUCCUUAUCAUGUACUCACACAUGUUUAGUUGAUUAUAUUAUUCCGAAACAAUUGAUACUGUGCAAUAAUGCUGAUGCUGAUUACCUAAAUAUUGAUUAUCAGUGUAUCCCUGCUCAACUGAAUAAUGGUGAAUCAUCAAUUGAUAUCUGUUCUACAUCUCUCACGGAGACGCUAGCUAUUAAUCGAGGGAUCAUUACAUCUCCACAAUUUCCUCAGUUAGGUUUACAAACAAGACGUUGUAGUAAAACAAUACAAACAACUCCAGACAAAGUAUGGGAAAUAUAUAUUGUCGAUGUGUUUCUCGAAUCAGAAGAUAUAAAUGGUAAUUGUAACGACGCUUCACUGACAUUAAAUGACGGUAAUGAUGGUUUAACGCUAUGUGGUUUACAGCAGCCACAACGGAUAUUAACUAGUUGUUCAGAUAAAGUUAAAAUUGAAUUUACAUCAAAUAGACAAGCACUUGGAUAUCGUGGUUUCAAGUUAUACUUCCAAACAAUUGAUGUACCUAGUAACUGGGCUUGUGCACCUACCGGUUUCAGUACAACAACAUCGACAAAAGGGCCACCACCGACAACAUCCAAACUACCACCAAGCAUUUUAAUUCAAACAUAUGGUGGAACAACCAAUGGAUCCAUGCAGUACUGUACAUUUCCGUUCCUCCAUCUAAACCUCUUACAAAGUGCUUGCUUACCACCGGAGACAGCACCCACAAUCGGUGGAUCAACCGACUCAUGGUGUUCAUUAACAGAAAAUUUUGAUGUGGAUAAACAAUGGGGUUAUUGCUAUUUAGGCGUUACACAAACAACAUUGUAUGAUAUUUGCCCAGGUCAAUUUAUGCAAUUGAAAUGUCCGGCUGGAUACGUAAUUGAUAUUGUAGCAUCUAUGUACGCUACCAAAAAUCCAGAUAGUGACCCUGCACAAUCAUGUGUCUAUGAUGUGAAUGAUUGUUUUGUUAGUGAUGGUGCAACAGCUCAACAAAUAUGUGGUGGAAAAACCUCGUGUAUUGUAUAUUAUUUUGAUAAAACUUUAGCAUCAUGUCAAAAUCGUCGUUCAUCAUAUUUACAUAUUGAUUAUGUUUGUGUUCCGAAUGCAGUACCCUAUAUUACGCAAUAUGAUUUUUGCGGUAGUACCACAACAAUAACACCAACAAGUGCCGAACCGAUUAAACGUGGGUUUAUUCUAUCACCGAAUUAUCCAAACACUCCGCCAGGUCUCAAUUGUACGAUAACUAUUCAACCACCGGAUCAACAAGAUAUUUACAUUUAUAUUCUUGAUAUGCAAUUAACCGCUUCACUUCAACAGAAUUGUGUUAAAGAUAAAUUUAUUCAGAUUUACGAUGGCUUAACACAAGAAACAUGCGGGCAAUCGUAUACAAAUUUUCUAUUGAAUACGUGUCAUUCACCCUUGACUUUACAAUUAAUUAAAUCGAGUGAUUCCACAUCAAAAGGACUUAAGUUAUAUUUUGAAUUUAUUGAGCGUUCAAUUGAUACCACGUGUCCUCUACCGCCACCUAUAUCAUCAACAAAGCCCACACUCACAACACAGGGUCCGUUGCCCGAUUACUACCCGUAUAUCCAAACUCCAAUGCAAACAAAAUCAUUUUGUUAUCCCGAUUUCACAUCCUUGUUUGGAAACAAUAUUCAGUGUACUAUCAACAACUAUGUGUUGGUCAUACGUCGAGCGUUCCAUGGUAAAGGUUCAAAGUGUGGUUAUACACACGGUGAUUGUGUAAUGCAAGCCGAUUCUGUUUAUCGAACAUGUGCUGGUAAACAAGCGUGUGCUAUGCCAUUUCUAACACCAGUAACGGUAGCUGAGUGUGGAAGUGUCGCAACAUACUUAUAUAUUGAAUAUGAAUGUAUGCCAGAUUUGACUGUACACCCUCCUCAAGACAUAUGUUCAACGCAACAGACGACAUUGGCUAUGUUAGGUGGUACAUUCAUAAGCCCCUCCUAUCCGUCUUAUGUAGUAACACAAUGUGACAAUAUUUCUCUUCGACCAGAGGAUAAUUCUGAUUUGAUAUUAUACAUGUAUUUGAUAGAGUUGAACAUUGAAGCAGAAGAUAGUACUUCUGGUACGUGUUCAAACGAUUAUCUGACAUUUUCGUAUAAAUGUGAUGGACAAUUAAUUGAAAAUAAACUCUGUGGUACAAGAAAGACACAACUCUUAUUCGAAACAUGUAAUGCCAAUGAAACCGUUCAAAUUGCAUAUAAAACUCAAAAUCAACUUCAGCAACAAGGUGGUUUUGCAUUAUAUUAUCAGUAUUUUCAAAAACCUACUGAAAUAACGACUUUGCCAACAAGACCUACUACAAUGUCUACGACGAGAAGUACAUCUACUCCAGAUAUGGUAGUAGCUGGACCAAUACAAACUGAGACGGUUUGCAGUGGACAAACGCGUACAUUAUCUUGUCCGCGAAAUUCUGUCAUUGCGCUGUUACAAAUUGAUAUGGGUGUGAGCGAAACAGAUGUAUGUUCAUUUUCACGUAAUGAUUGUUUCGAAGAACGUACAUAUUUAUACGGGGUAUGUGCUGGUCAAACAGCGUGUGUCAUACAUUUUACACCGUUACCAGUUGCAGAUUGUUCAAAUAAGCGUGCUACUUACCUUUAUGCCGAAUAUCAAUGUUUACCGAUAUCUGGACAAAUACAAAUGCAUACAUGUGACAAUGAGUCAUCAAUAAAUGUUCAACGCUCAGCAAGUAUUUUAUCGAGGAAUUAUCCCACAUACACUCCUUCAUCAGAAAAUUGUGCAAUUCAAUUGCAUGCUCCACGACUUUUGGGUAGUCCAAACGAUCGUUCAUUUAAAAUUUAUAUUGUAGCAUUCAAUUUACCUUCUACUACGGUAUCUGGUGGACAAGGCUCACAGUGUGAUGAUGUGAAUGAUGCUUAUGUCGACCUUUAUGAUGAUUUUGAUAAAAAAAUACGAUUAUGUGGUAAUUUACAUACACGAUAUAUUUUUGAAACAUGUUCCAGUACGAUUUCUAUUCGUUUCAAAGACGUUUCUAAGCAAAUAUCAGUCAAAUAUAAAGGUUUCAAUAUAUAUUUUGAGGCUGUUGAUCGUAAUCCACAGGACUGCAGCGGAAUAACCAUUGUGCCGCCUGUACUAUCGAUACCAUUAGAUAUUUAUGAUCAAACCGUUUGUUCAUCUUAUGGUCGAGGAACUGUAACAAUGCAAUGCACUGAAAAUCAUGGUCUUCUAUUUUUACACUCGUACCAGUAUUCGACGUCAAAACCCGAUGAAUGUCAAAUUAACGAUCAACUUUGUCGUUAUCCAAGUGAACAACCACAAACUCUAUGUAGAGGACAAACAAUGUGUACAUACACAUUCGUUCAUCAACCGUACCCACCAUCUUUCGGCUGUUCAGUUGCAUCUCCCGAUCUUAUUAAUUUUCAAUAUCAAUGUAUACCAAAUAUAUUAAUGCAAACACCAGAGUAUAAUAUAGCAGUUUUAUGUCAAGAUUCGACAAUAUCGUUUGAAAAAGGUUUUAUUUCUACACCUAACUAUCCAGCAUUUAGCUAUGGAAAAAAUUGUAAAAUAAGAAUACGUUUAUCAAACGAGGAUACAACAGAUCUACGCUACCUGCGUUUGUAUCUUUUGGAUUUAUCUAUACGUCAAUCACCAUCAGUAAUAAACCAGGAUAUGAUUCCGUGUUAUGAUUCCGUAACAUAUGGUGAUCUUAAUACGAAUAAUACGUUGUGUGGUGAAAUUGAUGAACAGAAAUUUCUAUAUGAAACACUCAAUGGUAUACUCGAGAUUGACUUCAAUACAAAAACAGUAUUACCCACGGAUGAUACAUUACUUUUACGUGGUGCUCUCUUUUUCUUUUACGUCAGAAAGGUAGCAGCACCAUCAACCACAUACUCGCCACCGCCGACAACAAUAGAAACCAUUGAACAGACUAGUACAGAAUCGCCGAAAAACAAACAUAUCACAGCAAUUAUUAUCGGUGUAGUGGUUGGACUUUGUGUUGUUAUUAUUUUGCUGGGUGUCGUAUUGCACCGAAAAGGUCUUCUAUUUAAUGUUAAAAAGUCUUCGCCAGAUGUUCAUUACCAACAAAAUACAGUUCAAAUACAGGAUCCUGCACGAUCAUCAUUGGCCCCAACGCCUUUUGUGAUGAAAGAAGGCUUGAGACCAACGUCAUUAGAAAAUCCAUUAUAUUCAAAACAAACUCUCCAUUUUCAUAAUCACCCAAAUGGAACGACUGAUGCAUAA